AAAGGAUGUGAUUUAAUGUUCCUUGCCCACCACUGUCUUGAAGAAGCCUGGAAGGUGCUUCCACAGCACACCAGGAGGGCUCUCCUGUUCUCUUUACAAAUGCAUUAGGUCACAGGUGAGAUGGCAGGCGCUGGGCAGCGCAAAGGGAAAAAAGAUGACAACGGCAUUGGCACAGCCAUUGACUUUGUGCUGUCCAAUGCCCGGCUUGUGCUGGGCGUGGGUGGAGCAGCUAUGCUGGGCAUUGCCACACUGGCCGUCAAACGGAUGUACGACCGGGCAAUCAGUGCUCCCAGCAGCCCCACUCGCUUGAGCCAGUCGGGAAAGAGAAGCUGGGAAGAGCCAAAUUGGUUGGGUGGCUCCUCACGUUUACUGACCCAGGACAUGAAGACUAACGUCAGCCGCUCUCUGCAGACCCUUCCUACUGAUCCUUCGGCCACAGACACAGACUUUUUCCGACCCACAAAACCCAGGCCAUCUGCCAAGAGGAGUCAAGUGGAGCUGAAAAAAUCCCGCCUUCGUCUGUCUCUGCAAGAAAAGCUCUUUGCUUAUUAUCGGAGGAAGGUAGCUAUCCCAGCAGAUGAGCAGGCCCGGGCCAAGCAAGCAGCUGUGGAUAUCUGUGCUGAGCUGCGCAGCUUCCUACGUGCCAAGCUGCCGGACAUGCCCCUGCGUGACAUGUACCUCAGCGGCAGCCUGUAUGAUGAUCUGCAGGUAGUGACAGCUGACCACAUCCAGCUCAUUGUGCCUCUGAUGCUGGAGCAGAACCUGUGGUCAUGCAUCCCUGGGGAGGACACAAUCAUGAACAUUCCUGGCUUCUACUUGGUGCGUCGGGAAAACCCAGAAUACUUUCCCCGUGGGAGCAGCUACUGGGACCGCUGUGUGGUGGGAGGUUACCUUUCCCCCAAAGCUGUAGCAGACACCUUUGAGAAAGUUGUAGCUGGUUCCAUCAACUGGCCAGCAAUUGGGACCCUUUUGGAUUAUGUGAUCCGUCCAGCAGCUCCCCCAUCAGAUUUGACGCUGGAAGUCCAGUAUGAUCCAGAACGGCAUCUUUUUAUUGACUUCCUACCAUCCCUGACACUGGGUGACAUCAUCCUUGUGGCCAAACCACAUCGAUUGGCCCAGAAUGACAAUUUGUGGCGACUGAGCCUGCGGCCAGCAGAAACAGCUCGCCUCCGGGCCCUGGACCAGUGUGAUUCUGGCUGCCGCUGCUUGUGCCUGAAGAUCUUUAAAGCAGUAUGCAAGUCAAACCCAGCCCUGGGUCACCUCACUGCCAGUCAGCUCACCAAUGUCAUCCUACACCUAUCCCAAGAAGAGUCCGACUGGUCCCAGGACAUGCUGGCUGAUCGCUUCUUGCAGGCGCUGAAGGGGUUGAUCCGCUAUUUGGAGGCAGGUGUCCUCCCUAGUGCUCUGAACCCCAAGGUGAACUUGUUUUCAGAGCUCACCCCUGAAGAAGUGGAUGAGUUGGGCUAUACUCUCUACAGCUCUCUGUCAGAGCCAGAGGUCUUGCUGCAGACGUAAUGAGGCCUUACCUAGGGAAAUACUGAGAGGGUUUAGCCGAGGUGGACUUGGAUUACUGCGAAAUAUGUCUCCUCCACUUCUUUCUCUCUCUCUGUCUCCUUUUGGUUCAUUAUUAUUUUCUGCUGUGGAGUUGGUGCUCCCACUGAAUUUUUUGGUGCUACAGGUCCAUUUCCAUCAUCUCUCCCAGCAAGUACCAAUUGGCUAGGAAAAAGAGCCUAAAAUUGCAGCCCUAAGAUCUUCCCAUAAAUUCUGUGGAUGUUUAAGUGUCUACCAAAAAUAAAACCAAACUAUGCACUUCUUUCUCCUGUAGUACACUUACUGCAGUGAGUCUGGUUUGGUCUGAAGAAGAUGGAACUGGGCUUGUGAAUCCAGUGAUUUUAGCAGACUUGCAUUGAGGUCCUUAAUUUCCUCCGGUCUGACUUUGCCCUAUGUUUCUUUUUCUCUGCUGUACUACACUGUGUCUUUUUUAAUUUUUUUUUUUUUCCCUGGUCCCUUUGACCCAGUCAUGCAGGGUAGACUGAGAUGUUUUGGAUAGGGUUAUUUUUUGUAUUUUUGAGCGAAUAAUUGAUUACACUGGCAGUAUUAGGGCUGUAGAGCUUGGCAUAGGAGAGUGGCCAUGUCCAUGGUUCCUGCUCCUACAGAGCCUUCUCAUCCUUUGCAAGCUGGGUUCAGGAGUAAGGGUUGAGGCUUGUCUAGUCUGCUGCAGCACAACCUCCACUAUCGAGCUUCUCACCAAAUUCUCUCAAUUCAGAAUUUGAGAAUUCUCAAAUUCUCACUGAAGCAGUCAUAGGGGAGGAAGAAACCUUUGUGGUCUGCCUCUGUGAUGAGGCUGAAGGAGCAGGGCUUGCCAUUCCUGCCUAGCCAGAUCUGCUGGGUGUUGCUGGUGAGAAUGGCCCUGGGAAUGGAGAAUGGUGGCUCUUUAGAUGUCAUUGGCCUAGAGGAAGAGAAGCUGAUUCUGGGGGAGGGGUGGGAGACACAAAUGGGAACAUGGAUUUUUAAUUUUUUUUUUUUUUUUUUUAAAUCUUUUCCCCAAGAGCUUAUAGCUGUUCUGGUUUAUAGGAGGUGGAUGCAAGAUUGCAUGCCUCAAAGGACUUUGUAAUAAGCACACGUAAGCCAGAUUCUCACCACUUGUCUCUGAAGGUGAUAGGACUGAACUGGUGUCAUCAUCCAGGUUUUGUCCCAUACACUGAUACUAGGGUACAUAUGCAGAGCUGGCAUUUAGAGAUAUGUUGGCUUUGCCGUCUGCUCUCAGUGUGUUUUAGUCCCAUUCCCAGCCAUCUCAGAACUGAAGCUGUUCGUCCCCUUCCUCAUUCCCAUGUGCUGACUUUCCAGUGCUCCUGGUUUACAAACUCUUGGAAAGCUGGUGAGGGCACACCUUCCCAUUCUGUCUCUUUGGACCUGUUGGUAAUGCAGUUCUGCCCACUCCUGUUGAUGGCUGCUGUCAGGCCAUUCUCCCUUGGCUGCCCUCCCAGCUGCUGCUGGACUGCAGUAUGGGUUUUGGGGAGCAGCUGCUGCACUGUAGACUCUACAAUCUGCAUUAAGCCUUCUGGCCUUCUGCCUUCAAAAAUGGGGAGGAAGGGUGUCCUCCUGAGUCUCAAGCUGUGUCCAGCAUAGGUAUUGUUAUGGAAACAUACUUGCCUUUUCCCAGCUUUAGCAUCUUUGCUGUCCAGCUUCCCUAGCCAAUGGAGAGGGGCGCUGCAGCAGCAGAGUUUGAAGGGAGCAAGAAUCUUUUUCUCCUCCCUUCCUCUCAGGACUUCCCCUCUCCUUCCUUUGACAGAGAAGUUUCAAGGUGAGUUUCAGGAAUGGAACCACAGAGGAGUAUUUAGCCGUCAUUUUCUUUUUAGAGGCAGUGCUGAUGAGAUGAGGGAGGGAGCAUCUUUCUCAGACAAUCCGUCCAUUUUAGCCAAUGUGUCAGAUAGUAUUCUGUAUACAGUGAUAACACAACAUUGCAUUUUAAAUUAUUUAAUCCUUAGGGUACUGGUAUUUUCUAGACUGCCAGAUGCAUACUUUAAAGUUUGUGUGUGUAUAUAAAGUCUGUAGUCUAUAAAAGGUUAACAGAAAUUCUGUUUGUAUGAUUUUGUGUUUUGUAAGUUUUGCAGCAGUCACGUGUCAGUCAGUUGUUGAUUGCUCUUCACUCUGGUUCCCAGAUUUUUUCCCCCUAUACCUUUCCCUGCCCUCCGCUGCCUUUCUGAUGUCAGCCUUCCUACCCUAAAAGCAGACAGAUGAGACUUGGAGCCUAUAGGUUCCUGGGGGAAAUUCCCCUUUAAUUACUUGAAGGUCAACAAAAAUAUUAAAAUAUCUGGGUUGUCAGGAGUUCCCCCUAAGUUAAUUUCUUCAGUGUGAUCUCACCUCUCACUUGGUGCUGACUCCAAUACCAUGGUCUUCACACAGAAUUGAGCUGCAACAUGGUUUGGAAUGAUUAAAACUAUAGAUACAAAAAAGGCAAGACAUAAUCAGGAGGAAGCCACUGGGAGCUGGCUCGAGAACAGUUACCACAUACAUAGAAUUGUAUAGAAUUUUUUAUAUAAAUGCUUUUACAUCUUCCUGUCAACCUAAUUAAUUAAUAUUUUAUGGCCAUUUCUUGCUGCUAUUGAGCUCAAUUUGUGUAUCAAAUGGAGACUGAAGCUACCUUUUGACCUUUUCUGUAGACUUGACUCUUACUUCACUUGAAUCACUUCCAUCAUUUUUUCAUCUCAGUUUUUUCCCCUCUGAGCUAGCUGCAAGCCUGUUCUUAGGGGUGCUCACUUCCUACAGGCAGCCACCACAGUGAGCAACAGCUGCCCUGGCAGUGGCAGUCUCAGCAAAGGCCAAAGACAUAAUGGGUCAUGGAGACACUGCAACUAGGAGUAUUUCAAGAGCAGGGUCAUGCAUAAGGGCAACAGAGACAAGGAAGGAGUAGGGUUAGUAUGCAGGAAACUUACACAAAUGCUGUACCCGCCCUGUGGGUCAAACAGACUGUUGCAGAGUCUUUCCAACUGGCACCUUUUGGUAUUAAAUGCAGUAUGAUGGUGGCAUACAGCCUGGAGGGCUGUCUUAUAUGUAGGCUCCUUCCUAGUCAAAGCUGUAGCCCAGAGCAGGGGGACCUAAAGUUGAAUGUGAAAAGGGCAGCUCCCGGCCACCUUCCUGGCAGAGCAGCUCAGAGACAAAUUGAUUGUAAGAGGCCCAGAGCAUGUGUUUGGUUGCUGCCUGGGCUCCAAGAAUGCCUUGGUGCGUUCUGUAGCUUAGCUCACGUGAGUUUCCCACGAGAUGGUUGUUUUGUUCCCUGUAACCACAGGACAAGGACUAACUUGCUCAGCUGGGGGUUUUCGCUGCUGCUGAGCUCCACCGCUAAUCCUUCAAGUCUGAUGGAUUUCUUUUCCUGUGUUUAAAAACAAUUAUGGAAACAAGAGGCUGCUUUCUGCCUUCUGGUGAGCUGCCAUCAGGGCCCUCACUCUUAGCAUGUGGGUACUCACAGUGAGAAGUGAAAUGAUGCCCCAUCUCUUCCAGGCCUGUAGGCUGUGGGUUUGCAAAGGGGGGAAGUCUUCAGUGCAUGGUCUGUGACAGAGUGAGUGAAAUUCUGAAAUAAAAAUACUUUCUACAGUAA